GUGGUAUCUACUUUCACUUAUUUAGAAACUUUGCAAAUAGUAUUCAAGCAUGUCACGCUUCUCGACCUUCUCCCGCACCAACAGCUGGGGUAUUAUCCAGUGCCGUUCGAUUUUACAGCAGCAAAGUCGAAAUGCCUCAACCGAAUACGGCAGCCCACAGACAGCAGAUUGCAAGACGACCACAUUACGAAAGCGGCCAACACCUUUGACAGAUGAGAUCAUACGUGUUGAUCAUGCUGGCGAAUUGGGCGCUGAUCGCAUCUAUGCGGGGCAAAUGUACGUUUUGGGCAAUGGCCCAAUGGGUAAGACAAUCGCACACAUGUGGGAGCAGGAGAAAGAGCAUCGGAAGAGAUUCGAGAAUCUAAUGCAAGAACACCGUGUGCGGCCAACGAUAAUGUUACCAAUUUGGAAUGUGGCCGGCUUUGUGUUGGGUGCAGGCACAGCACUGCUGGGUGAGAAAGCGGCUAUGGCGUGCACUGUUGCUGUGGAAACAGUCAUCGUGGAUCAUUACAAUGAGCAACUGCGACAAAUCAUGGAAUCUCCUAAACCAGAUAAGGAACUCUUAGAUGUCAUAACCAAAUUCCGCGAUGAGGAGCAAGAACACCACGACACAGGCAUUGAUUGUGGCGCCGAGCAAGCACCGUUUUACAAAGCAAUGACUGAGGUGAUCAAAAUCGGUUGCAAAACGGCUAUUGCCAUUUCAAAGCGUAUAUAAAUAAAUGCACCCUUUCAGUGAUUGUAAUAUUUAUACCUAUCUACAUAUAUAUAGAAGUUUUUUGCAAAAAAAAUAUACAGGCCGAUUCUGAACA